AAGCUUCUGCUUAAUGCCGGUUUACCCACAAUGCACCGCGCGGCUUCCUUUCUUCUUGGUCGUGUGGUGGUCUGAAAAUGUCGCUACUAGAUGGUCCGUUAAAUGUGCUCGGCCAGAGAACAACUGGCGAAUCUGUUCGCACUCAGAAUGUCAUGGCUGCAUCGUCCAUCGCUAACAUCGUCAAGAGCUCCCUCGGACCUGUUGGCCUCGACAAGAUGCUGGUGGACGACAUUGGGGACGUGACCAUCACCAAUGAUGGAGCCACCAUCCUGAAGCUGCUGGAAGUGGAGCACCCAGCUGCCAAGGUGCUGUGUGAACUGGCUGACCUGCAGGACAAGGAGGUCGGAGAUGGGACCACUUCUGUGGUAAUUAUUGCAGCAGAGUUGCUCAAGAGUGCAGACGAGCUGGUGAAGCAAAAGAUCCACCCCACAUCAGUCAUCAGUGGAUAUCGUCUGGCUUGCAAGGAAGCAGUUCGCUACAUUAAUGAGAAUCUCACAAUUGGGACAGAUGACCUGGGCAGAGAGUGCUUGAUAAAUGCAGCCAAGACCUCCAUGUCCUCAAAAAUCAUUGGGACUGAAGCAGACUUCUUUGCCAACAUGGUGGUGGAUGCUGCCUUGGCUGUGAAGUUUGUGGACAGCAAGGGGGUGGCCAAGUAUCCCAUCAACUCUGUCAAUGUGCUGAAAGCUCACGGCCGCAGCCAGAAAGAAAGCUUCCUUGUUAAUGGUUACGCAGUGAACUGCAUUGUUGGCUCACAAGGCAUGGUGAAGCGUGUUGUUAACGCCAAGAUUGCGUGCCUGGACUUCAGCCUGCAGAAGACCAAGAUGAAGAUGGGAGUCCAAAUCAUCAUCAACGACCCAGAGAAGCUUGACCAGAUCAGACAAAGAGAAUCUGAUAUCACCAAGGAGAGGAUCCAGAAGAUUUUGGCAGCAGGCGCCAACGUUAUCCUGACCACCGGUGGCAUUGAUGACAUGUGCCUGAAGUACUUUGUGGAUGUCGGAGCAAUGGCAGUGAGGAGGGUUCUCAAGAGGGACCUCAAACGCAUCGCGAAGGCAACAGGAGCAACCAUCUGCCCGUCUCUGACCAAUCUGGAGGGAGAGGAGACGUUUGAGGCCACAAUGCUUGGUAUGGCUGAGGAGGUCGUGCAGGAACGCAUCUGUGAUGACGAGCUCAUCCUUGUUAAAAACACCAAAGCACGCACAUCAGCAUCCAUCGUCCUGCGUGGGGCCAACGACUUCAUGUGUGACGAGAUGGAGCGUUCGCUGCAUGAUGCCCUCUGUGUGGUCAAGAGAGUGCUGGAGUCAAAGUCUGUAGUGCCAGGAGGAGGCGCUGUGGAGGCAGCUCUGUCUAUCUACCUUGAGAAUUACGCUACCAGCAUGGGUUCUCGGGAGCAGCUGGCUAUUGCAGAGUUUGCUCGGUCCCUCCUUGUCAUCCCCAAGACCCUCGCUGUGAACGCAGCACAGGACUCAACUGAUCUGGUGGCCAAGCUUCGGGCCUUCCACAACGAGGCUCAGGUUAAUCCUGAACGCAAGCAUCUCAAGUGGAUCGGUCUGGACUUGGUAAACGGAAAGCCGAGGGACAACCGCCAGGCUGGGGUGUAUGAGCCCACUAUGGUAAAAACGAAGAGCCUCAAGUUCGCCACAGAGGCGGCCAUCACCAUCCUCCGUAUUGACGACCUUAUCAAACUCUUCCCAGAGCAGAAAGAGGGCGGACAGUCGUACCAGGAUGCCGUGCAGUCGGGAUCUCUGCAGGGCUAAGAGGCUGUGAUAGGUCCAGAAGUUCAUUGUCUGUAUUUAUACAUUAGGAGCUCUUCAUGGCUGUUGCUCUACUGUAGGCUGUGCACUUAGCCUAUUUACUGUUCUCUCACUCCCUGUCUCUUGCCCACGGAGGAACUGUAAGUCAUUACUUUUUUUUGGACACUCAAUAAAGCUCCAAUGGUUGUAAAUGGCCGUUGAUUUGUUAAUUCA